GUUACCCUAUCUGAGCUCACCAGUUUAUAUCCCGUUGGUCUACAUAUCCAGGGAUGCUGGGAUAACCUCCUUCCAAUUUCCUGUAGGAAAAGGUUCAUUAUCCUGCAGAGAUCACCAGCGGGAUUAACAGCAUCAGUGAAGUGCAGACAACAACCAGGACAACAAGUGUGCAAGUGUGCGUUAAAUCCUGAGUGGAUUGUGAGGCAAUACUAAGGUGGGUGUCUUGCAAAGCAGCAUUGCAGGAUUUUGCAGUAAUGAAACGUGUACACACGAGACCUGAAACAUGCUUCUCUGGCCGCCCCUCGUGACCAGGGGUAGACUAAGGUGUAGAGAGCAACCCAAAUGUGUAUAGCAUUAACCAAGUCUAUCUGGUUUUGUGUGAUGAAGCGCUGUGGUGACGACGAUAAAAAAUGUGAUUGAAAAUAGAAAUGCGUAAUGAUAGAACUCAACCUAUGCGGUGACCUCUACGUAUAAGUGCACCAUUCUCGUUAUAUUGUAGAGGAAUCAUAUCAUAGCGAAUUGGUGAUAAUAUAGUACAAACAUUUAGUGUGUGAGAGUACAAAGAGUCUUUCUAAACUGGUUACUGCCAAGUGAGAUCCAGUCUUAGGAUUAAAGUUUCGAUUUUGUUAUUAUAUGGACGGUUAGGUUAAGCGCGUGAGUGACGUUUACGAGUGAAGUGUUUGUGAAUGUGUUAGUCGCCUGCCGUGUGUUGUGUAUUUACAGGUGCACUUUAAAGAAAUUUGGGGAAAAACCCACACACAAGUGCUCCGAAUUUUGCGCCAUAAAGAAAGGUAAAACUUUAAAGGAAAAAAAUAGAAAUAUGAAAACAGGAAAGUAGUGUUGUGGUCAGUGUGGCGUCAACUGCCAAAUAGUGAUCCAUGAUACAGUGAUGAGUCCUGACAACAACUGCCCAAGCCCUGACACUCUGCUCCUCCCGCCUCUCACACACACACACACCUGCUGUGACAAACUGACGAGGCUUCUUGUUACAUCUAUUGUGACACUUUGGAAAGUUCCUCUGUUGCAUCUGAUCUGCCUCAACUGUAAGAUCUCUUGUUCUAUACAAUGUAACAGAUUAGGAAGGCCAAUUCUAAGAUACCAGCAAAACUUCCCUCUCCUACACCAGGUUAUCUGCUGUGCCUGCUGGUGAACUCGGUGGCUCCGUGGUGUUGCAAGUCCCGACACCCGAGAUUUUUGUCUGGGGUAUAAUGACUUUACCUGGCCGUACUGAUGACCCCUGAGGGACCUCGUUGUACAAAACUGACUCCCAUGACAUAAUCAAAAUAAAAUAUGUUUAGUGCCUCAGUGCCAACGCCAUCAAUAUUUUGGCACUUGUAGUAAUUCUUGUGAUACAUAAUAACAGUGCCAAUGGCGUGAACAACAACAUUUGUUUACCCACUGGUCGGCCAUCGUCCCAAGAAUGUGGUAUAGUUUGUGGAAGUGCAUCAAAGACGUUUAGAGUUGGUGUACGAUUAACUGUUGAAUUAACAAAUGGUAAAGGGUAAUGUUCAGGUACGAGAGAUAGAAGGUAAAUAGUGAUCAUAAGGUGAAGACAGCCUUACGAGGGACCAACCAACAGUUUCUGGGCAUUAUUUUAACUCUUGGUGGUGAUAAACAGAUAUUAGCAGGUGUCAGCAAGAUCACAGGUGUAGAGAAUAGUGCAACAUGUAAUGGUAGUGGACCCACCACCUUCACUCCUGUCUCCCCACCCUCCCAGGGCAUAGGUCAAGCCCUUUACCAGUGGCGCCAUGUAACCUCUGUGUGAUAGAACUAGGCCAUGACCAGGGCACGCCGCCUGAAGGAGCGAGAGGCCAGAGGACACUGUGCGAGGGAGUGUGAGAGCGAAGCAGCGCGGUCAUGUGAGGAGUGAGAGGGCCCAGCACUUGAGUCUUGCCGCCACAAGGAGUAUGGCCGGUGGAGUGGGGCGGCGUCACCCUGCCGGCAACACGCGCCUUACUGCCUCCUCCACUUCUGCUGCGCCCCUAGACCAUUGACGAAGGGGGACCAUCAGGAGGAGGAGGCCACUGGAGGACGGUGGAGGAGGAGGGAGGUAAUGGAAGGCCGGGCAGGAGGGACCACAACUCUCCCACGCAACAAGGGGGCGACCCUGCCCGGGUUCCGCGUGGGGUCAGUACGUUAUGGUGUUCGCCUGGCACCCCACAACGGGUCCGGGGCGCCAUUGCCCCCUCGGCGAUGCUCCGAGGGUGACUUGGGGGCUCCGGGAAGAGGCUCUACGAGGGUGGAGGGAGUCAAGGUGGUGGCAAGGGAUGGCAGUGGCCCCGACAGUCUACAACCACUUGUUAACAAUGGGCCGGCGGCGCCCGGCACACACCUCACCCCCAGCGAUCACACCCCGCGCAGCCUGGGGUCCUCACCCCUCCAUCUGAAGGAGGCUCACUCACUCCUCAACAACAGGUGGGCCCCACUUACAGUGCCCACGGCCUCGUCCUUGCUGCCCCCCGCCUCGCCACGCCCACACGCUCUCAGACGGAGCUUCAACUCGUCACCACGGCCGUGGGUGGCGCCCAGCACACAGGUGGACUACACCACGACCACCGAGGACGCUGAUGAUAGAGGCGGUGACAAUAACAACGAUAAGAAGAGCGGUGUGGGUGGCAGGUGGCGAACGGCGCCAACAGAUGGCGCGGGCGUGCAUCCCGACACUGACUCUCAAACUGACCCGCUAAAAUUAUCCCCCCACCCACCCGAGGCGGGUGGAUCGCCCUCCCUGCGGGGCGGUCCGCGCCCUGCGCCGCCCCUCAACCCUCCCGUGGACGUGGCCACGUUCAGAAGCGAGGCCACCAUCCUGGUGACCCAGACCAGCAAAGGUCAGGGGAAGAGGGCGACUGGGCAAGGCGAACGCUCAUCCAUAUGUCGGCGGCGGGGCGUGGGCACCCUGAGCCUGGCCAGGACUGCUGGUGAGGACGGGGAAGGCGUGGGUGGCCCGCUGGGUGCUGGUGCAGGAGUCUUUGCUCUGCUGGAGGAGGUGAGGGCAGGCGGCCUGCCUCCCCCCGUCGCUAAAUAUACGUGUUGUGUGGCGGGGCGCUCCCCCCGGCACCUGCUGCCCCGCCAUGCCACUAUGUUUAGCUACCCGGGCCCGGCGCGCCCCACCAUCCCCGAGGAGCCUGCCAGUGCGCACCUCGCCAGUGACCAGUGCAGUGCUCCGCCGCCCGCCACGCCCAGUCAUGCCCACGGCAGUGCAGUGCAGUGUACAGUGUUUCCCGGCGGAGAAGGCGGCAGUGUAGCCUCGGGGGGCAGCGGUCAUGGGGACCGUGUGGCCCCCCCGGCGCCAGUGACCGGCCAGCAGGGCUCCCCCACCACCACACCCGCCCGCAGGACCGUCAGGCCCAGACCAGAAAUACCUGAUCAUUUGUACCGCCGCUGGGCCGCACUCCUCCCGUCUGAUGCUGGCUUAGAUUAUCGCAAACAGAGACAGCAGGCGGAGGUGGGCGCGGGGGCCCCAGGGGGCGCUCCCGGCCCCUCAGAUGAGGUACCCCGGCCGGUGACGUCACCCGACCUCAGCCCCGCGGCAGGAGGAACACAAAGGUCCCAGGACAACCAGCUGGAGCCUCACCUCCAACUUUCCUCUCAGCAGUUUGCCCGGUUUCGACUGGGCCUCCCUACCGGCGGACUGGGGGGCGGCAGGAAGGAAGGGGGGCGUGGGCCCCCUCCAGCACGCCCUCCCAGAUCUCGGCAGAAUCAUCUAGAAGAGCUGCGGAAAUGUACCGAAAGGCUUAAGACGCCAUCACCCGAUAAGAAGGUUCGGGCUGACUCGGCUCCCCCGCCCGAUACCACCGCGUCAGCCGCCUCAGAUGACGGUGACAGCGUUCCCCCGCGGGGCAAAACCAAGAAGGGCAGCAAUGACACCCGCUCCGUCCUCACCCGUCACCCAUCCCUGGGCAAGAGCCCCAGCCUUCCACCGCAGCUCCCCUCGUCCAAGGACCCCGAGGUCUUUAGACUGUCCCCAAUCCCCGUCUCCCGAGACCCAAGGGAGGCUCCUCCCCCAGAUGGGCGACGGGAGGAGGAGGACGUGUUUCAGGAGGGCGUCGUAAAGCCUCCCCCACGACCACGUCCUGACUCCCGCCUUGUCAUCCCCCCGCGAUUCAUUCCCUUUAGGUCGGCGUCCGUGUCUCAAGUGGACGUGGCGUCUGACAGCUCCUUCUUCCAGCGGAGUGGUAAGUCCCCCACCGCCAUCCUGCUGUACCCGCGCUGUAAAGACUACUCUGGUUCCAACACCCUCCCCAAGCGCAGGCCUGCAGUGGCCACCAAAGAAGGGGGUGGUGCCGCAGGCGGGCCCAACCACCACCAUCAUCAUCACCCCCCUCUCACUACCGCAGCCUCCAUCUCCGACAUGACUAACGUUGGUGCCAAGUCGGGGUUGUCGCAGCCCGACAAGUUGGAGAACAAAUCCAAGUCCGAGAGUGAGUUGUCGGUGGCAGGACUUGGCGGCGAGGGUGGCCUGGCUGGCCUCCGAGAUAAUCUCCUCGGAAAAAAGGUGGAUACUAUCGAUGCCUCGGCAACCUCAGGAGGCGGAGCCAGGGGUGCGGGAGGUCCGAAGGAGGGGACGGAGGACGCGAAAGGUAAAGAACACAUUGCCAAAGACACAAGAGCCGCAGGUGGCCAGGGAAUAUCAGCAGAUAAACAAGUUAAAACAAAUGAUUCGAAAACAGAGAUCAUGGACGAAUUAAAUAGUGAAAAGAAUAGGGAAGAUAAAGAACAUUCAGAACUGAGAAAGAAAAGUAAAGAAAAUGUUGAGAGAAAGGGGGAGAGAAAAGACAAAGAGGGCAAUAAAUCGAACAGAGUUAGUUUUUCUGACGAAGUCAAGAACUUUAGUGUUGAUCCUGAAGGAGAUAGAGACGUGACACUAGACCAGUCCAGAUCACUUGUGUGUGUACAACACUCAGCGCGCGGCGAGGUACCCAUUAAUUCUCAAUCCAAUACAGAUAAAGGAAAUGCAGAGAGUGAGGCACAGAGACGUUCUUGUGGAGUAUUAGAGUCAGUAGUGUUUACCCUUGGUGAUGAGGACGAGGGACAGAACAGUGUAAGAGGGAGUCAGAUGUGGGAGGUAGCACCACCUAGCCGACACCACAGACAAAGUGAUGCUCACGAGGGCAAAGACUCAAAAUCUGGGGCAGAGACACCGAGGGGUGACGCCCCCGGGCCGGAGAUGGGUGCUGCUGGCGACUUUAUUGCUACAGAAGCUGCACCAGGAACAACAGGUCCUGAGGACUCUAGGGUAAGUACCGUCAGUAGAGAGACUACACCGUUGAUAACAGAGGUUAUAAAGGACCUAAGUAAGGGUGAGGUUGGUGACACUCCCCCGGGAGGGGAGAAGCCCAGCUCUGGGGGACUGGUUCCUCCAGCGCAGACACCCGAACCAGCAGUUGUGCCAUUGGACUGCGUCCCAGAUGAAGUGCCUUUACCUAGCUGUACUAGUCCACGCUCUAGUACCGAUACUAGAUUAAGUAGUGAGUUAGUAAGUACCAAAGUUAAGACAGGAGGUGCAGAGAGUGGCGUCAGUCAGUGUACUGACCACCGACAAGUGGAGUGUCAGGUCUUGCAAAAGGAGCCACGACUGUCGCAGUGUUUGGUUAUUAAGUCCGGGGCGCGGGAGAGUGGUGAGCACAACACCUUGGGCGGGGAAGGCGCCACCUCCGAGUGCCGGGUGGUCAGGUCCCGGCCCCGCCUCCCGCGGGAAGACUCCGACGGUGACAGUGGCGAGCGAGAGGCCUCCCGUAUGUACCUCACGCAAAUUAGCGAUGAAGGCAUCUUUGAGGAGGAGAGCAAGAGUCAUGAACCACGAGACUCCUCCGACUCGUCGUCCCAGGACAGUGUGGGAGUCGGCCAGGACCGCUCCGACGAGGGUAUUAUACCCGGCUCAGUUCCACGAGAGGAUGUCCCAGUCAGAACAGGGUCACGCCGUCGUCGGAAGUUAGAUGAGGAUAAUGAGCGCUCACUCACCUUCCCUCCCCCAAGAAAAGGCUCCCACGUUGACUCCAUCGGGUACUCCUCAGUGGACAGCAACGGCCUGAGGAGCCUGGUCGCCUCAGGGGCCUACGGAGACAGGGUCAGUGGCGAGCAGCAGCGUAGCUCCUUCUCCCUCCCCGGCAGUUACAUGAGCGAGACCAACCAGCCACCCGACACACGCCAGCUCCUCCUUAUCACGGAGACCCGCCCGAUGGACCGAGCAGAACGGAAGAAGAAACAUCACAGUGAUCCCAGCUGUGAGAGGCGGGGCAGCACCGACGCUCUUCUAUACCUCAGUGAACCUCACCUGGGUAACGUCGCCUCGCAGGAGGAUACGGGGCGAGGAUCUAACAAGGGCGUCGUGUCUCAGGCGUCCACAGACUCUGAGGGUCGUGAUGAGCGAGGGGACCAGAUGUCCAUCGGGCCCCUCAGGGUGUGCACGCCACAGGUGCUGUUGGGUGACCACGAGAGUGACGGCUCCGACUACCCUCCUUGUCGCACCCCUGCCAGGAAUGCCUCCCCCAUACCCUACCUUCAGGAUAGUGACUCUGGGGAGCGCAGCGCCCCUCGCAGCCCUCACGGUCCAAGGCGUUACUUCAAGAGACCUCUGAGAGGACCUUAUGGCUUGAUGCUGGAGGCGGAGAUGAACAAAUCAAAGUCAAGUGCGACGUACCUGGCCGAGGGUAAUUACCUGCGGGUGCGUGACGCCAAGAGCUGUUCGCCUCGCCCCCCGUCACCAGCCUCCCCAUCCGUCAUGGUGGAGGAGGGGGAGCGGCCCCCUCUCAUCAUCCCCACCGCACGCUCACGCGACGACUCCGCCAUCAGGAUCAACUACGCCAGCUCCCCGGAUAACCCGGUACAUCGUAAGGAGAGUGAGGAGACGGAGACGGGGCCCACGUCUCCCGUGGGCCCCGUCUGGGAGAUGGACGGGGAGGGAUCGCUCUCCCCACUACCCAUCGGCCCCGUCCAUCAGCGGACAGCCUCCUCUCCAUCCAAGCUCUUCCCCGGGGGAGGCUUCACCUCGGACGAAGAGCAGGAGUUGGUGGAUUAUUACUCUGCGCGGCUCCUGGGGCAGAACUCCCAGCAGCGCCAGCUGCAGCAUCGACAACAGCAGCAACAAGACCAACAGCCGCAGGCACCACAACAGGCAGGGUCGGAGCUGCGGCACCCCACUCCGUACGAGCACCGCCACACCUCCGACCACAGACACUCACACAAGAGACACAGGGACACACGGGCCCACGUGGUUGGUGAACUGCACGACACAGAAAGAAACUAUGUCAACAAUCUUAACUUUCUCCUCACGAGGUACCAGCAGACGCUCAAGAGUCCAGAGUACAGCGCUAUCAUCGACGCCAGCCUGGUGGACGACAUCUUCUAUCAGGUGCCGGAUAUCCACACCUACCACGAGCGCUUCCUGGAGGAGCUUAAGCAACGCAUCGAGUCCAGGGACGCCAGCAACUGUGUAGGGGACAUCUUCCUGCAGCUGGUGAACGACCCGGGGGUAUUGGAGAGCUACACAUCCUUCACCAAUAAUUGGAAGACGGCUCAUGAGGCGGCCAAGGCUGCAGCCCAGGCCAAACCUGCCUUCAGACACUUCCUGGUGGCACGAGCUCGGGAACACCAUGGCAAACUGGACCUCAAGGCUCUCCUCAUCAAGCCUGUCCAACGCCUUCCACAGUAUGAAUUACUACUCAAGCGUCUCCUGAAGCACACUAGUAGAGAGCACCCUGACCAUGCACUCCUGACAGAGGCCAUCGGGGUGGUGCAACAGUUAGCCAGUAGGAUCAAUGCUGUGGAGCAAGAAGCUCUCCAGCACGAGCAGCAACAACUACUACUAAAAGAACUUGAGAACAUUAUAGAGGGCCUUGAUGGUCUUGUCCAACCAGAUAGGAUGUUCUUACGCCAUGACCUAGUAACGAUGCACCCGGGACUGGUGACACGAAAGGAACGCUGCCUUUUCCUCUUCUCUGAUCUCCUUGUUAUCACCGCUAUUAAGAGACGAUCUGGCACUAUACGAAAAGGGUCAAGCUUACCAUUCACAUUACUGAGCUCCUUGGAAGCCAACAAGUUCAAGCUCUUCAAAUUCAUUCCAUUAGAUGAACUGGACAUCGCUAGGUCACGAGAUGAGAGUGUGAAGAAGCUGGUUAGAGAGUUGGAGACCUUACAAGAAGACCUCCAGACACUCGAACACAUCUCCAAGCUCACCAAGACUCUCCGGUGUCCCCGAGGGCCCAUGGAGGACUCCGUACAGGACAUGAUCACCCAGGUGCAGAAGCAGCUGGCGGAGAGACAUGGUGCAGACUCACAGCUCAUGGAACUGGAGCUCACCAUCACCACACAAGAAGGAAUGGAGAACCUGACCUUCAUGUUCAGCAGUGCAGAGAAGAGAGCUAUGUGGGAGGAAGCAUUCAAUGAUGCUAAACACAAACUAGCAAUGUCAGCAGACCGGCGACCUCCCCCAGAGUUUGUCUCAGCUCUGCCUAUUAGAAAAACAAGAGCAGGUCUUCAGUUCACGUGUGCAACUGCUACUCUUGGUCUCAAUGCUCAUAACCUAAAAGAUGUAUGGGUGUGUAAUAGUGAUGGAUACGUGGGUCAGGUGUGCGUCCUAAGUUUACAACCUGAUCCAACUGUAGCGUGUUGUAACGGAGUGUGUAAUGCUCGUAUCCUCUCCAUCGCCUCUAUUCCUGCUGCACCGCAACCUGAUUCUAGCGAUGAUGAUGAGGAUGAAGAAAUUCCAAUGGAUGAAGACAUUAGAAAACGGCGAAGUGAAUCUCUGCCUCCCGAGAUGAGUAGCGACGACACGGACAACCAGCAGCCAACAAUGUGGCUCGGGACAGAAGAUGGUUUCAUUCACGUUUAUAACUGUUCCGACACAAUUAGGAUUAAGAAAAAUAAGUUCAAAUUCCAACCUGGAUCUCCAGUUCACUGUAUAAUUCACUUAGACAAUCGAGUGUUUGCAUCGUUAGCUAAUGGAGACAUCAUCGUAUAUCGGCGAGACCAAUCUGGAGGAUGGAAUGUAGCAGACAGACAAGUUAUAAGCAUUAGUACGGCAGCGGCACCAGUAACCAGAAUGAUGGCUGUGGCGGGAAAGCUGUGGUGUGCAGCCAUGAACACCGUGCGCGUUCUCAACACUGUGUCGCUACAAGUGGAACAUUCAUUUGUGGUUGGUGGAGAAAAUGGCCGAGGUGUGUCGUGUAUGGUGUCUGCAGGUCACGGGGUUUGGGUCUCGGUACACAAUUCUGCCGCUGUUAGACUAUACCACGCAGCCACCUACGAGUGUCUGUGUGAAGUAAAUGUUGCUCCAGCCGUCACAAAAAUGCUUGCAGGUUGUGACGACAUCAUCCGACAACACAAAGCUGCAUGUUUACGUGUAACAUCAUUACUGGCAUGUAAGGAUUUGCUUUGGGUUGGGACGAGUGCUGGAGUCAUCAUUACAGUGCCCCUGCCCCACCUAGCUCAUAAUACCCACCGUGUUCAAGCACCCUUAAACAUGGUCGGUAUACCAUACGGGCACACAGGUCAUGUAAGAUUUUUGACAAGCGUUGAGUUGACGCCUGAGCCUCGAACGUCUCGUCUAAAGGGUCACUCAAGAUAUUCCUUCAAGGGGAGAGACCAUCCUCAUCAUCAGGUAAUGGCAAAUCCAGGAACUGCAGCACCGGCCAAGCUUUUAGUAAUCUCCGGUGGUGACGGGUACGAAGACUUCCGAAGUUCAGGGAUGUCGGAAUUGGCAGGCCGAGACGACUCUACUAAUCAUUUACUUUUAUGGCAAGUCUGAGGCUCAGGAGAAUAAAACAUGUGAUAAAGUAUUAAUGGAGUCCCUCAGAGGAAGACGAACCUGACGGACUACUGUACUCCCAGCGGGCAUUAUCAGUGACAUUUUGAAAGGUGUUGACUGGAUGGCCUAUGUGGGAUGAUCUUUCCCAAAUCUCUCUCUAAAGUAUAGGCUGGAUAACAUUACUGUACUUGCCAUAAUUAAAUUUGGAGGGAUGAUAAGGGCUCAGUUGAAGGAUUUCCUUCAGCUUAUAGUUAUGUGACAAUUCUGACAGAGCAGAAGCAGCAGUUUCAGAUUAAGUCUGUUUAGAUAAAACAAGAAAUGAAUGGUGUAGUUCCCUACAUUGCUUUGCUCUUUUCAUUACAUCGAUGAAAAAAAUAUCAAGCAAAUAUUAGAAAGAAAAAAUAAGCCAAAUAUUUUUAAGACUUAAAGCAGUGAGCAUGUGUAUAACUGUUUAAACUCACACAUUACAGUAGUGCUGUGUCUAAGAAACUCUUGCUUUAUCUCUUCAGCUUAAGUAAUCAACUGUGCUGCUAAAUAAAACAUAUCCAGGCAAGAGCCUUCUCAGUGUCACAGCCACAUCAGGUUUGAAUUAACGAGCCAGUGAGACUAAAAGUUACAGAGGUGACUUAUAUAAGGUGUAAUUAUGGGUGUAACAAUAACUAAGACUGUGCCAGAGACCUCAUGUAUGACAUCUAUCAAAGAUUUAUCAUUUAAAAACAAAUGUAUUUUCUAAUUUUAUUAUAUUUUCUCAUUGUACUUUACUUAAUGAGGUACUGAAUGUACAGUAUUGUCUUUGCAUUUCUUAUUAGCUUAAUGGUAUGAAUGUGCAUAAUGAAAUUUUGCAUUUAUUUCAAGCAAGUAUUAAACCUAACUUCCUCUCA